UUAGCUCACAAAGGCAAAACCGUGAGGGAAUGAUCUGGUGUAUACACAAAGCGGACAAUAUUCUACUACUGGUUGACUGGGCUGUUACAUUGGUAUCAGAGCCAGUACCCGGACUAGUGUGCCAGCGAGGACACUGGGCCCUCAAAAGGGGGUUGAUUGUAGUAUCCCACAUCGGUUGUGAAGGAGAACGAAACAUGCCUUAUAAGUCAUUGUGGAUAACUUCACUUGUAGGAUGCAUUUUG